UAUUGGGCCUAUUAGUCAGUCAGUGUGAUUCGGUGACCCCGAUCAAGCACAAUUCUUCCGGCCGGUUGGCGAAACAGCGUUAAGAGCCCAGCGUUUAAGAAACUUCAGUGUGAAUUAAUUUGGGUCAACGUAUCAUGUCUGCUUUUAGAUCCUCCUUCACUAUUGAGAGCAUUCUUUCGCGGCCAACCCACCAGCGAUGUGUGCCGUAUACAAUUCCACACCCGUACCCAAUUAUCCCAGCCCUGGCUCCAGGCUAUAUCGGAUUUCCGCGAUUCGGCGAUCUUUUACGCUCGCAACCGAAACGUAAGAGACGACACCGAACGAUAUUUACUGAAGAACAACUCGAACUGCUAGAAGGAACGUUUCAGAAAACUCACUACCCUGAUGUUCUCCUUCGGGAGGAACUCGCUAUGAAGGUGGACCUUAGAGAAGAACGCGUCGAGGUUUGGUUCAAAAAUCGUAGAGCAAAAUGGAGAAAACAAAAACGGGAAGAUCAGGAAGCUAAAAAGAAGAAAACACAAGCUGACUCCACAACAACAUCAAUACCAAUGAUUGAAGAGGAAACACCAGUACAGAGCGCAGAAAAUGAUAGAGACAAUUUGAGCGACAUACAUGCACACAAAGAAAUCAAGGAUUCAUGCGCGGUUGCACAGCCUUUUAAUGAAACAUCCAAUCUUGAUACAAACACAUCGGGGCGACCGCUGACAUAGUAAUGACAUAAACAUAUAUGUACACUGUAUAUUAAUUCACAAGUAGAAGUGCAUAUUAUUUAUUGGUCAUAUGAUAAUGAGAGUGAAAAGAUAAACAUUGAAGUCAUAGCGUAUAAAUUGGUUAUUAAACAUGUACAAAGUCUGUAAGAGUUGAUAAUAUUUUAUUGCAGGUUUUAUACUUGUUAAGUUUAGUUUAACUUCACUCAGCCUGUUAAGACUUUCGUUUUUAAUAUGAAAAACAGAAACAGG